UUCCGGCCGCGCCUCUGGGAAGCGGGCACGCUGCAGCUCUGUCUCCAUGUGGCGCAGGCUGCGCUCCGCCCUCAAGAGCCUCUGCGGCUCAGCCGCUGCUGUGUUCGCCGGUGGCGGCCGGCUGCCCGUCGCCAUGGAGCGGGCCGUGGUGCGGUGCAUGCCGUCUGAGCCCAAGCUGAGUCUGCGGUUCGUGCUUCCCGACGGCAGUGCCAAGCAUCUGCAGCGGGAUCAAGCGGAACCGCUGGGUCGGGCGCUGGCACGCAUCGCCACCAACGCUGCCAAGGGCCGCACUAAGGUGGGGAAGAAGAAUAAGAAAGCGCGGGCGGAGGACGGCCCGGCGGGGGAAGCUACGGCGGUGGUGCCGGCCGUGCGACUCUUUUCCCGCGACGGGGAAGAGGUAGCCGAGGAGAUACCGAACUCAGCGGCCUGGCAGGACGGUGCCGUGCUGCAGAUUGGGGAGGCGCAGUACCGCGUGGAACGCAACCCGCCGGCGCUCACAGAGCUCCAGUUGCCGCGAUCGCUCCUGGCGGGCUUCCCCGUGUGCCCCAAAGUGAGCGCAGAGUUCGCUACACCACAGCACUGCCUCUUCCGCUGGUACCAUGAGCAGCGUCCCGCGGCCGGCGGGAGGCCCGCGGCGAGCGGUGAUGGCCCGACCUGGGUGGAGAUGUCCGCCGAGCGCGUCUUCACGCCUUCCAGUGCGCUGGUGGGGCUGCGGCUGAAGCUGCAGUGCACUCCUGGGGAUGGAACGCAGCGCUAUGGGCUGCCCCGCGAGGUGGAGAGCAGCGGCCCUGUGGAGGCAGGCCCCGGCGCCUGCACCUUCGACUCCCGGCACCUCUACACCAAGAAGGUCUGCGACGAAGGCUCCAUUCGCACCGUCUCUUACAACAUCUUGGCCGACACCUACGCUCAGACAGAAUUCUCCCGCACCGUGCUCUAUCCCUACUGCGCGCCUUACGCCCUGGAGCGCGACUACCGGCAGAACCUCCUGAAGAAGGAGCUGGCGGGCUACAGCGCCGACCUCAUCUGCUUGCAAGAAGUGGAUAAGUCUGUCUUCGUGGACAGCUUGGCCCCAGCCCUAGAUGCUUUUGGACUCGAAGGGCUCUUUAAGAUGAAGGAGAAGCAGCACGAAGGCCUGGCCACUUUCUACCGCAGGGACAAGUUCAGUCUCCUUACCCAGCAUGACAUAGCUUUUAGUGAAGCCCUGCUUUCGGACCCACUGCAAAAGGAGUUGUGUGAUAAGCUGGCCAAGUACCCCGUCGUGCAGGAGAAGGUGUUGCAGAGAUCAUCUGUGCUGCAGGUUUCAGUUCUUCAGUCUACAGCUGAUCCUUCCAGGAAGAUUUGUGUAGCUAAUACCCACCUAUACUGGCACCCAAAAGGUGGGAACAUCCGUCUCAUCCAAAUCGCUAUAUCCUUGUCUCACAUCAGGCACGUAGCAUGUGACUUGUAUCCAAGUGUACCAAUAAUAUUCUGUGGAGAUUUCAAUAGUACACCUUCAUCUGGGACUUACAGUUUCAUUAGCAGUGGUGGCAUUGCUGAAGAUCAUGAAGACUGGAUCUCAAAUGGUGAAGAAGAAAGGUGCAAUAUGCUUCUAAGCCAUCCUUUCGAACUGCUAAGUGCUUGUGGAGAACCUGCUUAUACAAACUAUGUUGGUGGGUUUCAUGGAUGUCUGGACUACAUUUUCAUUGACAAGAAUGCUCUGGAAGUUGAACAGGUCAUUCCACUGCCAAGUCAUGAAGAAGUAACAACCCAUCAGGCUUUGCCAAGUGUUUCACAUCCUUCUGAUCAUAUAGCACUAAUAUGUGACUUAAAAUGGAAAUAGAUCAGCUCCGGCGUGGUACUUUUGUGGGGUUUGGAAUAAGAACUAUAAUUUACUGCUGGGGAACAGAGGUUAGUGGCUUGUGUGCUAAACAGAAAGUUGGAACAGUUAUUGAAAAGUUGUUUAAUAGUUCUACUGAAUACUGUCACACAGUUCAGGUGUCUGCAUUACAAGUUUCCCUUUUUAUACACUAGUAAAUAAUUUUUUUUUUAAGACGGGAUUUUGAAAAUUUGGUUUAUUGUGUACCUUUUUAUUGGUGUUUUUAAAGGAUUAAGAAGUCUUCAGCUAAAAAGGAUAUAUUAAUCUCAUUUGUAAAAUUCUACAGAACCCUGCUUAAUUCAAACCCAAACACACAACUUGAAAACAAAUUAGUUGAUUCAGCCUCACUGUAAUUACUGUUAGGACAAUUUUUUUAAAAUGCAAAUGCAGAAAUUGUGUUGCUCAUUUACUGUGACCCAAUUUUUCACUAAGUGGCAUGAAUCAUGUACCUACUGCCUCCUGAAAAGAUGUUCUUUCGAUACUGGUGAAUACUCUCGGUCAACAAUAAACCUUGUUAAAUUCAAGGCUAUAACUGAUGUGCAGGCAUUUUGUGUGCCAACUUGGUAUGAGUAAGGAGUUUAACUUCAGCACCUGGUAAAAUCUGACUGUAUCUAUGUUCCCCCUACUGUUUAUAAUCACUGGCAGCAAAAGAAGUACUAAAGUUUAGCAUAACCAUCUCUGCUGAAAGGCAGCUUGUUUUCAGGCAAGGAGAUACAGCAUAGUUCAUCUAGUGCAUUAGCUAUCUGUGCCUCAGUCUUUAAGACGAAACACAAGUGACUUACAAGCCUUUACCACAGUUCUACAUUGUUCCUUUCCUGCCUCCAGACAAGAACUGAAUCUUUAAUAGUGUUCUUGUCUAGAUUUUUUUUUUGUUUAGAAAUAGUCCAAUCUUCCAUCUGUUGUAGAAGAUAAUUGGGAUUUGGGGAAAUGUGUUUUAUCCAGUUCACAGGUGGCUUGAAAUUGCGUUAACAAUCUCCUUUCCCUGCAUCCUAAAUCUCUAUGAAACAAAAUGCAUUUGAAAAUGGUUUCACUAGAUUUCAUUCUUUCACCUAAUAAAGUUCCCAUUUAAGUUUUCUGUCA